AUGUCUCUUGGGAAACAGCCGGCUGAACACAUCAAGAGGCCAAUGAAUGCUUUCAUGGUGUGGUCCAGAGGUCAGAGAAGAAAAAUGGCUCAAGACAACCCAAAGAUGCACAACUCGGAGAUAUCAAAGAGGCUUGGCGCGGAAUGGAAGCUUCUCACCGAAAUGGAGAAGAGGCCAUUCAUUGACGAAGCAAAGAGAUUAAGGCCAAACAGACGCCAACAAAACAAGCGAGCACACCUGUUACUUAUCGCUAUGAGACAAAAACUGUUAUUUGUUAAUCAUACCACUUCACCGGGCGGGCAUAAAUGA